GCCGCCGCAACGAUCGGUAGUCUGUUCACAAACGCACCGCACCAAAAUACAAAUUUCAAACGAAAAUCUUAAACUUUUACAAAGUUUCCAACAAUAUUUAGAACUAAAAAUCAACAAACCACCAAUUUAAAUAUGUAGUUACAGAAAAUGUUACUACAUAAUAUCAGAAAAUUUAAAACUUGCGUAAAGUUGACUUUUAGAUUUGUUUGAAAUCAAUUAUACCAGAAGCGUGAAAAUCAUCGUCGGGGACCAUCGUUUGUGUGAGUUGUGUAUGUGGUGUGCCGCGUGGUAGAAGAGAACACGCCUUCCGCAUAGUGGGAGCCGACCAAUCUCAUCGCUCUCGCCGGCUCUAUCGCACUAAUCUUGUUAAAUGCAAGCCGAAAGAUUCUAAAUAUUCAUUCUGUCAAAACAUCUCGCUCCUGGCUGCCUGCCGGCUGGACGCAUCCGGACGCGACUCGCGCGCGUGUUUUACCUUCAACGUCUUCAACCACGCGACAUCCUCAACAACAACAAUCACAACUAUUCAACAAAACAACAUAAAAACUCUCAAAUAAAUAAAUUAAUUAAUAAAAAGUGAUAUAAUAAAUCAAGUGAAUUAAUAUUAUUGACAUUUAUUUAAAGUUUAAAUAAAAUAAAUCAAAAUAAAUUAAUUAUGAUGUUUUGAAGGAGUUAGAUAUUGUAAAUCUGGAGUUGUAAGAGUGCCAGUAUCGAUUUUUUGAACACGUGGGCAAUUCAACACGUGUUGAGUGGUUGUCUAUGUUCUUCAGUCCAAAGGAGUGAGUAGAAAGUUGGAACGUUUCGGUUGGAGGCAGACUUAAUAGUGAAUGUGUAAUGGUGAGCACCAGGUGAUGGAAGACAAUUGCACCAUGAGGCCGUGCGCCACGGACUUUAGCAUCGCGGCGAUCAUGUCACGCCAUGGGCGUGCAGCAAGAACCAAAUGUCGCGAACCGUCGGACACGAUAUCUCCACUUGAAAAAUUUGUGGAAACAUCAGCGUCUUCAGUGACGUCAACUCCUGAGCCAGCGAUUGAUUGUAAUCUAGUGUCACCAGGAACAGAAAGCGGGCGAGAAUCACCCGUUGAUGUUUCUUCAACGUCGGAGUCUUCCGUUCCGGGGCAGACGUCGUCAGGAAGGCGAUCGCCAUCGGCGCAUCAGAAAAAUCCACAGCUACAGGAUCGCUGGUCCUGUGAAGAACUUAGAAAUGUCACAUGUCAUCUAGAGACUAAGGAGUUGUGGGAUAAAUUUAACGAUCUGGGAACUGAAAUGAUUAUUACCAAGACUGGAAGGAGGAUGUUUCCCACCGUGCGCGUUUCCUUCACCGGCAUCCGCUCGGACCAACGUUAUGCAGUCCUACUGGAUAUUGUCCCGGUGGAUAAUAAGCGUUAUAGAUAUGCUUACCAUAGGUCAUCGUGGUUGGUGGCUGGCAAGGCUGAUCCGCCAGCUCCAUGUAGAAUGUACGCCCAUCCUGAUUCACCUUACUCCGGGGAGCAAUUGCGCAAGCAGGUUGUCUCCUUCGAGAAGGUGAAGCUGACCAAUAACGAGAUGGACAAACAUGGACAUUUGGUCCUGAAUUCAAUGCACAAAUACCAGCCUAGGAUACACUUGGUGAAACGACCCGAUGGUGCUCCCGGUCAUAUCGUGGACCUCGAGAAUGAAGAGUACAAGACUUUCGUAUUCCCCGAGACUGUUUUUACUGCUGUGACUGCUUACCAAAAUCAACUGAUAACCAAGUUGAAGAUCGACAGUAAUCCGUUCGCUAAGGGUUUCAGAGAUUCGUCGCGACUCACCGAAUUCGAAAGGGAGACGAUGGAAUCCAUGUUGGCUGAACAGCAUUAUCUUCGGUCACCAUUGAGACCAUUCGCGGAUCUGGAUACACACAAUAACAAUCUCUCACUGGAAGAGAAAGCAAUUUUAGCAGCGCGAUCACAACUCUUCCUGCGUUAUGCAGCCGCGGCUGCUGCUGGUCCCUACGCUCCAUUAAUGGGUGGUUUGUAUGGGGCUAGUGGAUCCCAAGCUAGUGCUGCCGCCGCCGCAGCAGCUGGUGUACCACCAGGUGUCCUCUGGAAUCAGUGGGCUUGUAUAGGACCAUCUCUGCUAGCUGCCCAACAACAACAGCAACAACAUCAACUUGCCGUGGCUGUAGCAGGCGGGUCACAGUUAACUUCAUCACCAGUGUCACCAUUAGCACGGCCUUUGGUUCAACAUCGUUACUCGCCCUAUGCGCCGCCUCCGAGAUCAUCUCCGGAUACUAGUUUACGCGAGGGCCAGGAAUCACCUCAUAGUCCUUCAUAAAAUCAUUAAUCAAUUAAAUAAACAAAAAAACACUUAAAGUGCUGAGAUUUUGAUGGCUACUAUAUAAAUUAAAAAAUCAUGAAAAUGAAAUAAAUAUUAAUAUAUUUGAUUGUAAUAUAUUACUAUAUAUCAUUGUGAUAUUUUUGCAUUUUAUGCUUCGAGUUGUUUGAUUAAUCUGGCGUUGCUUGCCAAGAUGGCGGCCGCAGAUGUCGCCACACACACAUACACAGAUAAAGCACAUGUUUUCUACUUCGAUUCUUUUGUUCGGACGAAAACAAAGCGAAUCAAACGAAAGGCGAAUGUAAAAACAUGAAAACAAGUUCCAAGAGAUGCAGUAAAAUCAUCUGAGCGUUGAAAAUGUACAAUAUGAAAACCUAACUAAUGAUUAAUUAUUACAUUUUGUAAAUAAGAUAUAAAUAUUUAUAAUUUAUUACUGCGUAUAUCUCGAUUACUAUUAUUGUAAUGUUGUAGGGUGUUCCUUUAUAAGUGUGACUUAUAGUUUUAACCUUAAAAAUCAAAAACAACAGUCGAAUAUUCUUGCAUUGCGUAUAAUGCAAGUGUGAGGUUAUGUUUUACAAAAUGGCGUCGUUGUUGGACGCCUAAUUAAAACAAGCUUUAUGAUGUAAAAACAAAAACCAUUGACACACACACACACUUAGAUAAUACGAUAAUUGUAAAUUAUGUAAAAGACGACAAAAAAUAUUCUAAAGUAACAAAAGCAAAAA